UCUAUAUAAAAAGAAAAUUGAAAACGAAGUUUAUAAGCACCGAGGUCUUUCUAAACGUAAAAGCUAACACAAUGUUUCGACUGACUGUACUGGCAUCUCUUCUUGUCCUGGUCACACCCAGAUACCCUCAGCCUUGUGAGAGAGAGCUCGACUGUCCAAAGUAUAGAGUCAUAGAAAGAUAUAAUGGAUAUGAGCUGAGGAGGUACGAGCCGUCGCUGUGGGUCGGGACACGGAAUGUGAUGUCCUCUUCCCGGAGAGACUCGGCUUUCUCUAAGUUGUUCUCCUAUAUUUCCGGGAACAAUGAAAGAGGGUUGAAGAUUCCAAUGACUGCUCCCGUGCUCAGUACAUAUACCCCUGAGAGAGGGAUGUAUAAUAACCAAUGGACCAUGAAGGAAAUGUUGUUUAUGGUCCCCCAUAACAUGAAGCGAUACGCCCCUCAACCAAACGACCCCACAGUUUACCUCAAGAUGCUUCCUCAAAUGGACGUCUACGUUAAAUCUUAUGGUGGAUACUCGAAUUACAGAACAAAGCUUGCUAAAGUCAGAGAACUGAAGAGUGACAUUAAUAACAGAUAUUUAUAUGAUAACAAUGCCUUCCUCUCUGCUGGGUACAAUGGUCCUUCAGAACCCUACAACAUGAGGCACAACGAAGUAUGGCUGGUAGCCAGGCGUUGAUAUGCAACGUUAUAUCAAACUGUCACAGAUCUGUAAUCCAUGCAGUGUGAAACAGGACUGUAGCUGAAUAAAGAAAAUGGCAAUGAUGAUUACUUGAUUAAUUGAUAAAAUAAAGAUAUAUUGUACUGUA